UUAUACAGGGUUAGGGUGAGAGUUGGCUCAGAGUGGCUCUGCUCUCUAUCCUGCAACGUCAUUGGCUCUCACUGGCUGCUGAACUUCUCCACUCCACCAAACUGGUCUCGAGUGUCUGGCGCCAGUCUGGCAACCUUUCAACUGGGAAUGAUGGAGUUAUCUUUGAUGGCGACUCAGCACUUCCCGGCCGUGAGCGGGUCCUACAUGGACUCCCCGUACAACGGCAACGCGUCGCUGCAGACGUCCACCUCCAACCUGAACGCUGUGCCAGGGUCCCGGCCCCCCGAGGCGGAGGACGACGGCAAGGUGUCCAGCGACACCAUCUGGCUGUGGGUCGCCGUGCUCGCCACCAUCGGCAACAUCGUGGUGGUGGCGGUGGUGUGCGCCUGUGCCUUCUAGAGAUGACGCACGGUGGGGGGGGGGGGGGGGGGGGCUGAGAGACAGAGCCUACGGUGGUGGAUGGAGGAGGAGGAGAUGGUCCCCAUAAAACAAAGUGUCUCCAGCUUUUGGAUCAUUCAUCAUUUGGAUGGAGAAAAAAAAGAGCCGGUGUUAUUCUAAGCCUGUUCACCGUGUUAUCUUUGGUCAAGAAUGAAAACAUGGACGUACGAUGUAAAUACCGAAGUUAAAUAAAACAAUGUAUGGAGUUAUGAGGUGUUUGUGCAGGCGCCCGUGUGUGUCACGUGGCAAGCAUAUAGCGACAGAUUUGUAUGAUGCGGCGCAUGGCCUGCUUUGAAAACCACACAAAACCGUUUAUCCAAACCUUUACACCUGAUGUCAGACAAAUUGCGUAAUGAACCGAGCAUGCUGCACAACAUUCAAAUUAUUGUACACUAAAGGAGAAAAACAACAUUCAGAAUCAUCAAAUGACCAGAUGAGGUGACCAUACAUUUGGAAUCACUUCCUAACCAAAUGAUUAUGGCCACUUCAUCUCCUCAUUCUCAGCCUUUUUAUGCUGCACUGAUUUUGGGAAAGCUAGCAUUUUAACAUUAUUUUGUUUGUUUUUUCUUUUAAAUAAAAAAUGACUGAACGAUGAGUUUGUCACCACACA